GAACGACGAACUUUGGGGUACUAAGGGCUAGGAAGCAAUAACUACACCACCAGGAAUGAUUAUCAAUUCGAAUUAAGCUUGAUCUACGCGUCCAAAGGUGGCACGCGCAUACAUUCGAGGUUCAAAUAAUUGUUUUUCGAUAGAAUUGGUUCAAAAUAUCGCGUUCACUUCUUUGAACUGCAAAAACCUACGAAACAAACAAUUCAUCCAUUAUUUAUCUGCAUGACUUAACUUGGUCUAGUUAGUAUUAUACGUUUUUUGGCUCUAAUAAAUCAAGUUGUGCAUAGAAAUCGAAUAUCAUCUCACUUUCUACUCGAUCAUUUAACAGGAGGCAGAGGCAACGGUUUCAAAAUCCACCCAGCCGCCUGGGCUUUAUUCUCCUAUAACCCCAAAAUUCUUCUUUCACUCCGACAACCGACACAUCUACAUCGCGCAUGAAAAGCAAUACAUGAAAGAUGGCGGGAGCGGCAGAAGCAGCGGUGCUCAUGGAUGUGGAGCCUUCACGAAGCUUGGCUACUUCAGAAGAUGAUGCUGAUUUCGAGGAGGACGAUGACAUGAUCCCCGACAUAAUUAAUGAGGAUGCGAAUGCAUAUGCUGCCAAUAUUCAAUUACAGAAUGGGUUGAUGGGAAAUCACGGUGACAUGGAGGAUGAUAGGGAGGGUCUGGAAGGUGAAGGAGAUAUGUUAACAGACGAAGAUGCAGACGGAGAGGAGGACGAUAGAAUGCUCGACGAGCGAGGAAAUAUGGAGCAUACAGAGGAGGAAGACAUCGACGAAAAUUUAGAGCUAGGUGAAGGUGAUGAGGAUGAUGACGAUGCUGAGGGAGUUGGUGCUGUUAAGAUACAGCCUGGCUUAGAGGAUGACGAUGACGAAGAUGCAGAGAGUGGUUCAGACAGCGACAGCUCUGCAGAGAUUGAAGAGGAAGAUGACGAAUCUAAAGACUCUAGCGAUGCCGAGGAGGAAAUUCGAUGGCAAUCUAAUGGGGAAGAAGGAGAAGAGGAAGAGGAAGGACAUGUAAAUCCUAAUCGCUGCAUGUAUGCAUCUUUUUCUUCACUUAAAGUCUUCACUUUACUGAUAACUUUCUAGAUUUUGCCAGCAGGAUGAAGAUGAUGAUCCGAGUGAAGAAUUCGAACUUUAUUUGGCAUGUGAGAUGUGUGGAGACAAUGGUAUGUUGACCCAGUAUUUUAUGAUCGGUAAGGCUGACGAGGCUGUAGCGCAUCGGCAAUGCGCCAGAAAUUCGGAUGCACUCAAAUCCGACGAAGGUAUGUCCUGUUCCACCGUACAGGAGUCGGCAACCCAACUAACAAUCUUCCAGAGGCGGAAAACUGGUAUUGUCCGGGAUGUCAUAAAAAUCGUCUUGUGCCUGGAAGUCCAAGUGCAGACGUCGAUAUGCUUGAAGCCCCAGAUGAAGAGGAAGAUGGAGAAGUAGAAAUAAAUGAUGAAGAUCUGCCCGUUGAAGCGGCCGAAAGGAGAAUUUCAAGGGACAGAGUCCCGGGAGAUUUAUUACCGCCAAGACGUGGUACGAUCAAGUCAGAUUCACAUUCGGUCUUCGAGCAACUAAUAACUCCAGAAGAUCCCAUGGAUGGCUCACGUUUGUUGCGCAAGAGGAAAACCUCUUCGGUGGAGGCUGAUGAGGGGUUGGUUUUGAGAAAGAGGGCCAGGGAUCGGGAUACUCUUUCCGAUUAUUCCAAACCGUCGCUUGACGAAGCACAUGAUGAAGCUAAAGUCGACAAUGAUAGUAAUUUGCCAUUGACUAACGGUAAAAGAAAUAAGAGAAGGGUGGACGGGCCUGCAAGUCCACGUGUCUCAAGAUCCCAGCGUCAAAAAACUUCUUCGUCUUCAAACCCGCCUGCCAGUAUCGUCGAGAAAGUACCUGGCACUCUCAAAAUUUGCUUUCGCAUUGAUCCUUUGGAGUUGAGACAUAUUCUCUCACUACCCCCUAGACCAAAAAAGAAACGUGGCGGCCGUGGUGUCUCAAAAGCUCGAUCCACAGCUGCUUCCACCGCCCUUGUACCCUCAAGUUACUCACAACCGUUCUACCCUUCCAUUCAUGAUAAAGAAUUGGAGGAACUAAAAUCUAAACCCUACGGUGGCAUUCUUUCCGAAGCCGACGCCGACACAUCUUUGACACUCCCUAGAGCAGAACAUCGACGUCAGUUUGAAGAGGCUCGUCAAAAGGCAGAAGAGGAUUGGAAAGCAAGGGCUGCUGCAGCGGCUGAAGCUGCUGCCAAAGCAGGGCUGAGAAAAGCACGCAAGGUGUCUGGUCCAGCCAGCCAAAUUGAAUAUAUUGAUUUCGGCGCAUAUCAGAUCGAUAUCUGGUAUGCCGCUCCAUAUCCGGAAGAAUACAGUCGAAAUAAAGCACUUUUCAUAUGCGAGUUCUGUUUGAAGUACAUGGAGUCCGAUAUUGUUGCUUGGAGACACAAAACGAAAUGUCCAUGGAAGCAUCCUCCUGGUGACGAAAUAUAUCGAGAUGGAAAGAUUAUGAUCUUUGAAGUGGAUGGACGUAAGAACCCACUUUACUGCCAAAAUCUUUGCCUUUUAGCAAAACUUUUCCUCGGGUCAAAAACUUUGUACUACGAUGUUGAACCUUUCCUCUUCUAUGUCAUGACAGAAUAUGACGAACUAGGCUGCCAUUUUGUAGGUUACUUUUCAAAAGAGAAGCGACCUAGCAGUCUCAAUAAUGUCUCAUGUAUCCUCGUGCUACCUAUCCAUCAACGGAAGGGAUAUGGCCACUUGCUCAUCGACUUCUCGUAUCUUCUCACACGCGUUGAGAGGAAGACUGGCUCUCCUGAGAAACCGCUUUCCGAUAUGGGUCUGGUCUCUUACCGCAAUUACUGGCGACUCGUUCUAUGUUAUUACUUACAAAAAUUCGAGCCCUCUGGACGUGUCCCGAGUAUCAAGGCUAUUUCCGAUGAGAUGGGUUUGACGCCUGAUGAUGUUAUCUCAGGCCUUGAUGCCAUGGGCACUCUCGUCCGCGAUCCCAUGACCGGUACAUAUGCUAUGAAGUUAAAGCCUGAUUACUACAAGGAGGUCAUUCGUCAGCAUGAAGCGAAAGGAUAUGCCAAAUUGAAUCCUAAAGGGUUAGUCUGGACGCCAUUCGUUAUGGGUAGAGGGAAUGCUUCUGCUUACGAUCAUGCACCGCCGCUGAACACCGUCGCACCGCGAGAGGAGGAUGAAGAUGAGGUACCCAGCGUUGAAGGUAUAUCCAAUGCGAGUGUCCAGGGCGCUGCAUUGAAUGGUCUUACGAAUGGUGACACAGAAGAGAUGACAGCAUCGUUAGGCAAGAUGACUACUGAGGCUGGUGACGGUGUUGGAGUUGCAAGUUCAGAAGGCAGUGUCGGGAAGUCAACCGUGUCGCAGAGGCUCAAUGGCACUACCAAAAAGUCAUACUACGACCUUGCUUCUUCAAUUCCUCCUGUACGAUUUGUAGUUUUUCCCCCCUUACCUGGUGCUCGAAGCCGAACUAUCUCACGCCCUGCUUUAGCGAGACCUUCUCCACGCGCAAGGCCUUCUGUCUCUUCAUCUGCUCGGCCUAAACCUCGACGGGGAAGCGGAGUACCCAUUCGUCGUGCCUCCACUACAUCUGCGUCUGCAUCAAAGCCACGGGCUGCAGCACGUAGGAAAAGCGGGGGCACGGGUCGCGGACCUGGUAGAUGGCCAAAGGGGACUAAGAAAAGCGAUUUUGGGAAUGCCGAGAGUGGUCCGGGCUUACCCCCUAGAUUGUUAAAACAGCGAAGCAAGUUAGGGAAUGAGGUACUACUCGGUCAAGAGGAAGAAAAUGAUGAUAUGAAAAGUGACCAGGAUGAAUCAGCAAUCUACGAUACUCCUGCGCCGAGAUCGAGAAGAGAUAGAGACUCGUCACGCAAGGGCGCCGGACUAGGGAAGCCUAUUAUCCUGGGGAAAGGCAAAGGCAAGGGACCUGCUACAGGAAAAGGCAAAAGUCCUCUCGUAGAUGCCGAAGGAAAUCAGGAAAUGACUGACGCGCCAGUUGACGAAGUAGAAGCUUAUCAGGAUGGCAAUGCGGAUGCAGAUGCAGAUGCAUAUGCCGACGCAGAUCCAGACUUCGAUGCGAGUUCGGUUCGGGGCGCUGGUGAGGAUGUGGACGCCGACGGCGAAGAUGAAUAGGACGUGGCCUGUAUGCUGUUUACGUGGGGUAUAAAUUUGUGCAAUUAAGACGUUUGGACGGGUGAGCAAGGAUACCUAGCUAUGAAUGGCGUUUGGAAGGGGAUAUCCAUGAAUUCUGGAAUUUCAGCAUCGGCAAAAAUGUCCUUUUGCACUUCAGGGCAAACAUGGCGUCAACGAGAGGGUUUUUGGUGAAAAUUUCUUGAUGUGUAAUUAUUUAUGUAUUAUUAGUAUGGUGCUUUACGUAGGUAUCUAGGAAGAUACUACAGAAUGAAAUAUUUCCUGCACAACUACCUAAUUAUUGGGGAAUUGGAUGUAGUUAUAUAUAGGACGAGGACCCAUUCAACAUUGAAAGAUGCAUGAAACAG